CUGAAGGGAAACCAUUGCGAGCAGUGCACAAAAGCGGUUCAGUGCACGUCCUACUUGUAAAGCUCUACAGCAGGGCGAUUUUGCGCGUUCCCGUGACUCUAGUCAUAGAAAACAAAGCUGAACGUCUUCCAUAACAGCUAGGGGUGCAGACUGGAGGAAUAUCCGAAUUUACCCUGGACACAUCAUGCUGAAUAUGGAUUUACAGUGUGUGUAGCGUCGUUGGAGACCGAGCCUUCUCGGCUAAGGGGGGUGACGGCAGGACAUUAGCGAAAAUCGACGAAAAUAACAUCAGUGUGUGUGUUUUUUUUUUUUCUCGGGGUGCUUUGUCUUGUCCACCUAAACGAUAGCAAAAAAAAAAAAAAAAAAAAAAAAAAAAAACCAACAACAUCAUUCCCGUUUCAAUUGCAAGAUAUUCAGCUAGUGAUCACUAGCUGCCGCCGGGAUGUAUCAUCAUGUUGUCACCUAAAAGUAACAGCUAGGACGUCGGAUUGUGAAGGAUAAGCAGAAAACCUCUCCGAGGUCCCAGCGGCUUGUCACCGGGACCUGAAUCUGUGUGAGCCACAGUCGCGGAACCCACUGUUUUCGGCGAUAUGGCGGAGCAAGGCUACUCAUCCUGGGCGUACUCCCUAGUUGACUCCAGCCAGGUGUCCACCUUCCUCAUCUCCAUCCUUCUCAUCGUCUAUGGCAGCUUCAGGUCAUUAAACAUGGAUUGUGAGAACCAGGAGAAGGAUAAAGACGGUAACCCCACGACAACGGGGGCUUUCAAUAACGGCAACACGAACAACAGUGAGUGUUACAUGAGUAUUCAGACUAUAGACUCCACACAGGCCCUGUUCCUGCCCAUAGGAGCCUCUGUGUCUCUGCUAGUCAUGUUCUUCUUCUUUGACUCGGUACAGGUGGUCUUCACUAUCUGCACUGCAGUUCUUGCAACAAUUGCAUUUGCAUUCCUCUUGUUGCCAAUGUGCCAGUAUCUGACCAGACCCUGCUCCCCACAGAACAAGAUUUCCUUCGGCUGCUGUGGGCGUUUCACUCUGGCUGAGCUCCUGUCCUUCUCCCUCUCCGUCAUGUUGGUGCUCAUCUGGGUGCUGACUGGACACUGGCUUCUCAUGGAUGCUUUAGCCAUGGGCUUGUGUGUCGCCAUGAUAGCCUUUGUGCGGCUUCCCAGUCUGAAGGUGUCUUGCCUGCUGCUGUCAGGACUUCUCAUUUAUGACGUGUUCUGGGUGUUCUUUUCAGCCUACAUCUUCAAUAGUAAUGUGAUGGUCAAAGUUGCCACCCAGCCUGCUGAAAAUCCGAUAGAUGUUCUGUCCAGGAAGCUCCACUUGGGGCCAGGGAUGGGCCGUGACGUCCCCCGUCUCUCCUUACCUGGCAAACUGGUCUUUCCCAGCUCCACAGGAAGUCACUUCUCAAUGCUGGGAAUAGGAGACAUCGUGAUGCCAGGGCUGCUGUUAUGCUUCGUCCUGCGCUACGACAACUACAAGAAGCAAGCCAAUGGGGAAGUCCCGGGGCCUGGUAACAUGUCCGGACGCAUGCAACGCGUCUCCUAUUUCCACUGCACUCUCAUCGGAUACUUUGUGGGUCUGCUGACUGCCACUGUGGCCUCCAGGAUCCAUCGUGCUGCUCAGCCUGCUCUGCUCUACCUGGUGCCCUUCACCCUGCUGCCUCUGCUCACUAUGGCCUACCUAAAGGGGGAUUUGCGGCGCAUGUGGUCCGAGCCCUUCCACGCCAAGACCAGCAGCUCCCGCUUCCUGGAGGUAUGAUGCACCCUGGGAUAAACGACCAGCGCGGGGAGGACUGCGGAUCCUUUACCCUAAUUAGAGGGAAGGAGAGAGGGCGCACUCACAGUGAGGCCAUGUUGUCAUCACUUGUUCAUGCUUUCCGCCAAUCUUCUGUGAAAAACCCUCAGAAGGACACCAGUGUGUGGAUCACAACGCCCCAACACGACUCAUCUUUGGUCCCUACAUCCUCCUCCCGUUUCAUCUCCGCUUCCUCUUUUCUGUUUAUUUCCGUUUCAUUAUAGCACAUCCUGCCUAUGCUGUUUUUGUUCUGCCUCUCCGCCUCCUCUCUUUUUUUCCUUUUUCACCUCUCCUGUAGUCGGUCUCAUUUGCCACUUCCCUCCCGUGGCCCGUUCCAUUCGUCAGGCCUCUUCUCUCUUCUGCGUUUUUUCCUCUUUUCUCUUGCGUCUUUAAUUUUUCUCUGCAUCUCUGUUUGUCACCGACUCAGAUGAACUCGAGGGCCAGGCCUCCCCCUUUUUGUGGACUUAGGGUUGUGAGACAUGGCUGGGGUUUAUAUCUAUUUUUUUAGCAUUGUCGUGGUCAUUAUUAUUAUUAUUAUUAUUAAUAUUAUUAUUAUGGAACGAUUUAAACAAACUGAGAAGAGGCAGAGUGUUGCAGUGGCACAGGACCGUGCUCGGGACCAGCGACACAGUAAAGAAGAAGAGUCUUCCCCCUCCAUCUGUCCCCCCCCCCGCUGUCUUCAUCUGUCCCAUCAUCCCACCACAACGGCUUCUUCCCGGCGCUCCUCUGACACUCCCUGCGAGCCCCACCCUCCUCCUCUCUGUUCAUCUGCUGUCCCCAUUCCCCACCCUCACAGAUAACUAUGUAUUUUAUUUAGAAAAGUUUUAUUCUUGGCAUAUACAGAAAAGAUGCAUUAUAAAUUGUUAAGCUGCCCCUAGUAUUUUAGGGGCCGCUUCUAUUUGUAUAUAUGUGUAUUUGCGGUAUCUUGAGUUUGUAUUUGUGUUCGGGAGCAUGUUGAAUAGGGUGGGAAACUGACGCCAACCAACAGUCAGAAUUUCGGUCAAUUUCGGCUGCCAGUCGAGUUGACUGGCGAGCGUCCUUCAUUUAGAGGUUGUUUUCUAAAGUUUGUUGGCUGGUGUAAUGUAAACGUAGCUGAGAGGGGAUAAAAAAAAACAUCUGCACCAGUGGCUGAUUGAUGAAAAAGUUUCCUGCUCUAGUGUGUGUGUGUGUGUGUGUGUGUGUGUGUGUGUGUGUGUGUGUGUGUGUGUGUGUGUGUGUGUGUGUGUGUGUGUGUGUGUGUGUGUGUGUGUGUGUGUGUGUGUGUGUGUGUGUGUGUGUGUGUGUGUGUGUGUGUGUGUGUGUGUGUGUGUGUGUGUGUGUGUGUGUGUGUGUGUGUGUGUGUGUGUGUGUGUGUGUGUGUGUGUGAGAGCGAAACAGACGAGUGAACGGUUGUUUUACUUGGUUUUAAUUUGAAAUCAUGAACAUGUUAAAAAAACAGUGACAAUAGUCAGGUUUCCAUUGAGCUGGGUGUGUUGGAUCAAACUGUCAUAAAUGCAUGACAUGUCUAAUGGAAACAGUUUGUGUCUAACUUGUAAAAAGAAUUUACAGAAAACCCAGUAGGGGGUAAAUUUUCUUUUUAUCAGCCUCUCUGCGGACAGGUGGAAAUGUAAACAGUGUUUUCUUUUUCAAAUAAAUGAAUGUUGAAUUAAUUUUAAGGUAUGCUAUGUUACUUUUCAUCAUGAGACCGCAUCAUACAUCAUGCUGGGUUUUGUAUUGAGUUUCUCUGGCGCACAUCCUAAAUUUUACACGUAUUUAUGGCCAUGGAAAAACACUAAGAGCAUCUUGUUUCAGCUUUCACCAGUCUAUAAACGUCUGAGCAUGAUGACAUUGGAUCAGUUUUUAUACAUUUUGACAAAGGAGAAGUCAGCAGAGCAGCACAACAGCACAUCUCAUCUGAACUUUGUAAAUGUCAGUGUUUCACCUCAGUCGAUGAAGACCUGACUAUUGUGAAAGUUUGGACUCCUGGAGGUGGGGGUCGGUGGGAUGUGGAGACCUACUCGUGGUUAGAUUCAUAUGUAGUUACUGACAAAAGCUUUUUUCUGGGUGGAUGAUUAAGUGCGUAUGUGUGUGUCUGAUCAAAUAAGAUGAUAAAGUCUGUUUGGAAGGAGGGGAGAAAAAUCAGCUAUGCCCUUCAGAAAUCGAAAAAUGGAAAUUAGAAAAUAAAGCUAACCCAUAGGAUGUUUUUGCUGUCACCAUUUGGUCCCUGACAGUCUUACAGUCUUUUUUCUUUUCUUUCUUUUUGUCCUUCCACUUUUUUUGUGGUGCUUGUCAGUUAAUAUCUAAUGUAUACUGGGAAAAAAAGUGUGAGUGAGUCGGAGGAACGUACGGACGACGCAGUUUGCUGGCUUUUUGUUUUGUUUUUUUUUACUUUUUUAAUGCUAUCUGGCCGUGCAUGUUAAGUGUACAGUGUAUCAUUUCUCAGACUGCAUCAACAGGGCUACUGCAGUUUUGAGUCUCUGCUGGCCGACACCGAGGCACUGGACCUAAUGAGCUCGCCUACACAGAGCAGUGUCAGUGAGUGGGACAAAGACUGCAGGUCAGAAAGACUGCGAUUGGUCAGCUCUGACCUCCUCUGACUGAUAUUAUGACCUGAAUGCUGUCAGGUUGGGACAUCCGACCUGCCGCUCAAUGCGGUCGUUUAAAGUCGGACAUCAUGGAACCACAAACCCCCUUUCACCUCUUCAUGGACAUGGCAAGAAAAUAUAUAGAUUUAUAUACAUAUAUAUACAUAUAUGUGUGUAUAUAUACAUACAUAAAUAAUUGAUGACGAUCAUGGUGAUAACAGUUUUUUUUUUUUUAUAUAUAUAUAGAAAAUGGAUUUCUUUUUGCCCCAUUUAGUGCUUUAGUUUUUUUUUAUUUUUCUUUCCACCUCUUCUCCCCUCCAGCAGAGGUCUCCAGCUCUGUUGGUGCAUUGAUAUUACGACUGAAUGGAUUCUGUAUAGAAAAAUGGUGAAUAAAUAAAUUAAGAACUGUGUAGUGAAACAUGAAUCCUGAAGCGCUUGAUCUAAAACACUUUGUCUCCUUUUAACCCCUCCCUCUGUCCCUCUGCCCUCUCCCCUUCUUUCCCUCCUCGUUCAGGAUUCUGCUGUAAAUAAACAUGACUCUAACUGUAA